AUGAUAAACAUCUCUAUCCAAACUUCAACGACAAACAUAAUGGCAACCCCCAGCAUCUCGCGAAGUCUGGAAGACCUUCUGGACGAGAUGAUCCAUGAAAUCGCGCUCAAGCUCCUCCCAAUCCGCAAAUUCGCAAUUACAAUCGACUAUCCCAUCACCCACGAUUGGGAGGAUAAUCGAUAUUACGAGAACUGCACUCGAAGGGUAACACUUUCGCUGCUUUGCCUUACCUCGCGUCGCAUAUCGCGAAUUGUAACUCCGGUGUUGUAUUCUUCUAUCAUCCUCCACUUCACCGAGAGACUCGAAUGCUGCCCGACAUCGCUGCUCCUCCGCACGCUUCUUGAUAAACCCCAUCUUGCCAAGCGCAUCCGGUGUAUCGAAAACCGGGUCGAAGACGUAUCCGAAUGGCAGGACGAUGAUGCAUAUCAUGUGUGGCGGUUGAAGGCUCAACAGAACCGCGAUACUUUCCUCGCAGCUGCCUCGAGACUAUGGAGGCGAGCUAACCCUUUGAUUGCUAUUUCUCCUAAUCUGAAUCACCUCCACCUUGCCAGCUACGAGUCCUUCCCCCCAUCGAUAUGGGACUUUGUCGGUUUCGAGGUCCAGGACGGGCCUCUUAUACCUCGUCGGUUCUCGAAGCUACGCACUCUAUUUAUCGCCCUGGACCAACGGAGUUACUGGAUUGGUGGUGGGGAGUGGUUCGCGCAACUCAUAGAGCACCUGCGACACUUACCGGCCCUAACGUAUCUUCAUACUUGUGGAAUGAUGUGCAAAAAAUCAUCCCUAAGCCUUACAUCUGGCUCACUGUCAUUAGAGACGUUGUAUCUGUCACACUGCACCAUGGAAUUGCGCCAGGUCAGCGAUCUUGCCAAAGCUUGCCAAUCCCUCCGGCACUUCGCCCUCCAUUACGCGGACAUCUUUGUCAACGAGAACGCAUUCCAGAUGGGAAAUAUCCAAAAUAGCUUACUUCAACAUCGACAGACACUGGAAUCAAUAUAUAUUGACAUCCGUAUGGUCAAACCAAUCGAUCUCUCCAAGGCUGUGCCAAGUCAUGCUAUAACUAGCUUCGAAGGUUUCUCGGCCCUCCAACGUCUCACGGUCUGCAAUGCGACACUCUUUAGAGACCAAGAUUCUUUUGAAAACCCCGGAAGUGAACGAACCUGGGAACCUUUCACCAACCUGCGAAUCAGCGCGAUGCUUCCACGGACACUUAAACAGCUGACACUCCUGACAGAUCCGAUUCUCUGGUCAGAUGAAGGUGCUGUUCUUAUCAAGGACUUGGCGGAUGACUGCGCAGGACUUCCAAAUCUAGAGCAGCUGCGUGUCGUAUCAGCAAAUAAUUUACCAAAUCUUUCUGCACACUUUUGGAAUCGGAAACCCCCAUUAGAAACAUCUCCAUUUGACUAUCUACCCUGUUUUAUCUAA